AACCAUGAGUUGGUAAUACAACAAGAAAUACAUCAUCUGAAAUCAGAAAGGAAGAUAAUUGAACAAAAAGGACAACUAAUACAAACAAUGGUUGAAUCUGGAAUAAAGCCAAUGCAUGCAUACAACUUUUUGUGUCAUGAGGCUGGAUCAGAAGAAGUAGUGGGCCACACAAAAAGGGACCAUCUAAACUAUAUCACACAGUACAGAACAAGAUUGGUUGAAGGAAAAGAUAUGCAGAGCGUGUUGGACUUACUUCAGCAAAGAGCGGAUGAUGAUCCUGCAUUCUUCUACAGGCUGAAAUUUGGGGAACAUAACAACAUUGUCAGCUACUUUUGGCGAGAUUCAAUGAUGUUGGAGGACUUCAAAGCAUAUGGAGAUGUUAUGAUAUUUGACACAACAUAUAGGACAAACAAAUAUGGACUGAUAUGUGCACCAUUUGUUGGCAUAAAUUGCCAUUGGAAAACAACAAUGUUUGCAUGUGCUUUCAUAACUAAUGAAAAGGAAGAGAGCUUUGAAUGGCUACUAGAAACAUUCAAGAGAGAAUGUGCCAACAAGAGCCAAAGACAAUUUUCACUGAUCAAGAUAAGGCAAUGGGCAAUGCAAUUGAAAAGGUUUUCCCAAAUACAAGACAUAGGCUUUGCCUUUGGCAUAUAGAGAAGAACUUUGUAAGCCACUUCGGAUCCCUCAAGACCAAUGAAGACUUCAAGAACAUGUUCAAGAACUGUUUGAUGGGGUGUCAAAAUGAAUCAGGCUUUGAAGAAUUGUGGGCGAAAAUGAUGGAAUUGUAUGGACACGAGAAAAAGGAAUGGUUCGAGCAAGUAUAUGAUCAGAGACACAAGUGGUGUACCGCCUUAAAUAGGGAUAUGUUUUCAGCUGGAAUCUUAUCAUCACAAAGAAGUGAAGUCACAAAUAAGGCAAUAUCAUUCAAUGCAAAAGCAACAACAAACCUGUUUGAAUUCUAUCAUAUAUUUGAGCAAACAGUGAAAAGAUGGAGAAGCAAUGAAACUAGUGACAACUUCCGAAACAGAACUGAACGUCCCAAAGCCGUCAAAUCCAAAUCAAAGCUUCUGAAACAUGCAGCUGAUGUAUAUACACUAGCACUGUAUAAUGACUUUGAAACAGAGUAUGAGUGGGCAAUGGCAUCAUUUUUACGAGCAUUUGCAACAGAAAACUCACAGCUGAAGUUGUUUGAAGUUUCACCAGAAGAAGAUUUCACCAAUUCACAUACAGUAGCAUACGAUGAGGCUACAACAGAAUUAGUGUGCUCAUGUCAAUGCUUCACAGAGACGGGGAUGCUUUGCUUUCACAUAAUAAGGGUCAUGCACAUGUUCAGCAUAUUUCAAAUACCACAACAAUAUAUCCUUAAGAGAUGGACAAGACUUGCAAAGUCAGCAGUAUGGGAGAAUGUUCAAGACAAGGACCAAAGCCAACAUGCACAAUUGUGGACACCAUGGAGACAUGCAAUAACCAAGAAUUUCUACAACCUAGUGUCAAUAUGUCAAUCAAAUGAGGAUGCAAGAACAUUAUGUGACAAGUCGUUGAAGGAAUUAUACAAAUCAGUGAAAGAAGUUUUCAAGACCGAUCAACAAAAACAACAAGAAAUCGAAGACGAAGAACUACGAAGACAAACAGUUGAAAAUCCUGAGGUGAUAAAGACAAAAGGAAGACCACCAAAGGGAAACAAGAGAGUAAAAGGACAUUUUGAGAAGCGUAAAAUGAAGACAAGGCAUCCGAACGAAUAUGGAACAAAAACCCCAAAUGUACCUCAAGUUGAAUAGUGUUCAAAUAAUAUUAGUUUUCAAUUGUAUUCCAGUCAGUAAUUGUAUUGAAAUUUACACUUGUUUAUUUCUAAGAUACUCGAAAUUCAGUAAUAUUAGUAUUUAUUGUCCUUCA